ACCAAACAGCAUUCAGUCCGCACUCCAAAGCCUGCAAGUUCAACAUGGCGGAGGAUAUGCUUUCCCUCAUGAGUCUCGAAGACGAACUAACCUGUAGUAUCUGCCUCUGUCCUUUCGAAUGCCCGGUGACAAUUCCGUGUGGACAUAACUUUUGCCAAGAUUGUCUUUUGAAAACCUGGAAAGAAAACUACAGCUGUCCACAAUGCCGAACCCAUUUCACCACCAAACCAGAGCUGAAGAAAAACACCGUCCUCAGCACUGUUGUGGAAACGUUCAAAGCAAAGUCGAAUAAAGACGACCUACCCAUCGAUAUGAAGGACCCGUCCAGUUGGGAUGCGGACAAGAAGGAACCCGAAGAGGCCGUUAUUUUGUGCGACACUUGUAUGGAAGUCAAAGCGUUCAAGACGUGCCUGACCUGUAUGGCGUCGUUUUGCGUGGAUCAUGUGAGACCUCAUCAGGAGAACCCUGUUUUUGCCGCACAUCAGCUGAACGAGCCCCUGGGGGACCUGCUAGAGCGCAUCUGCCCCGACCACCACAAGCUUAUGGAUUUCUACUGUGUCCAACAUGGCCGCUGCAUCUGUUCUGUCUGUCUACAACAGAUUCACAAAGGCUGUACUUUCUCCAACCCAGAUGAGCAACGGGCGCUGAAAGAGUCUGAUCUGAGGGGCAAAUUAAGUUUGCUGGAUGGAAAGAUUGAUAAGAACCAGACAGUCAUCUCUCAGAUGAGAGAGCAGCAGAGCAAGUUGAAGGACUCUGCGGCCACCCGGAAAAGAGAUGUGGCGAAUGAGUACCGGCUAAUCCGCGAGUUGCUGGACGGGGAUGAGCGUGAGGCCCUGAACAUGGUAGACCGCGAACUGGAGAGCGGACAUACCAAGCUUCAGAACCUCAUGAAGAAGUUCAACAAGAACAUUGAGCAGCUCACUGCAGCUAAAGACAGUGUUAACAGCCUGCUCAGCCAAACUCAUUCCCUGGGCUUUCUACAGGCCUCAGUGGACCUUCCAACCGUGGUGGGAUUUGAUCCCUAUGCCCCUAAAACCAACCUGGACAGCUCAAAGACCAUGGCAGCCUGGACAGCCUAUUCCGCAGUCCUGAGGGAACAUCUCACACACAUCAUUCAGAAACAGCCUGUAGAGGACAGACUACAGAUCCUUAAACCAGAACGUAACAUGGGAAUGAACUCUGGACCACCACCAGGUCCACCACCAGGUCCCCCAAGACAGCCCAGAUCCCAUAGCCCAGGAGGAGCACUGAAGGGCCGGGAAAGGAAGAACUACCAGGAUGCGAGCACAGACAGAGAGAGAAAAUCGGACAAGAAACCAGAUCAGAAGAAAGGGCAAGAGCACAAGGCUGGCAAAAAUCAAAGGAAGCCACCUCAGUUCACCACUAUGGGUGCAACCACACCAUACGAAAACUUUAGAGGAGCCCAAGAAUCCAGAACCCAGGAGAACCCAUGUCCACCAAAUGUCCCCAUGAAUAUCACAUCUGCAGCAAAAAGAAAUGACCUUCUACAAUACGGGAGCGUGCUCACCUUUGACCCUAAAACGGCCCACAAGCGUAUCUCCCUCACCGACAACCAGACCACGGCCAGCGUGUUGAACGAGCCCGCCAACUACCCCGACGGACCCGCCCGCUUCUCCGUCUGCAGCCAGGUGCUCACAUCCAAGGGCUUCUCCCGGGGCCGCCAUUACUGGGAGGUCAAGAUGAACAGCAACAACUUCACAGGCAUCGGCCUGGCCUACAAUAGCAUUGACCGCAAGGGCCCGUCCAGUCGCCUGGGGCGCAAUGCCCAGUCCUGGUGCGUGGAGUGGUUCAACGUCAAGCUGUCGGCCUGGCACGCCAGCAACGAGACGGUGCUGGCCAACCCCAACCCCACCCGCGUCGGCGUGCUGCUGGACUGCGACGAGGGCACCGCCACCCUCUACAACGUUCAGGACCGGGCCUACCCCUUCCACACGUUCGUGUUCCGCUUCGCCGAGGCGGUGUACCCAGCGUUCUGGCUCUUUUCCAGCGGUUCCUCCAUUAACCUGUGUAAGCUGCAAUCCUGAGUAGCUUGCACACACGCACUGAAAAGUAAUAUACAUUUUUCAGUGCAGGUGAUUCAUAUUUAUAUUCAGAGAUUCAUAAUAUAUGCAGUAUCUUUUCUUUUUGGUGUGGGGGUGGGGGGCUAGCUGACUCCAUAGCAACAGCUGUACAUCAUUUUAGACUUUGGUCUCUUGCAACUACCACAUUUGUUAAUCAGUUACCAGUUGAACCUCAAGUUAAGGGUAGCCCAGACCUGUUCCUGAAGAGCUACACUCCUGUAGCUUUUCGCUCAAACUCCAUUAGUAACUAACCUAAAUCAGCUUAUUAACCAGCUACCUGAUAAAAAUUGUCUGGUUAUUAGAGCGUCAACCAUCGUCCUGUUUUAUGAUGGCUGUUUUUUUUUUUUUCUCCUGCCUCUGGUUUAGAUCGAUAAUAAACACAGAUGACUAGGCCGUUGUCGACCUAGGCUUUAAGAGAGGGCUUCAGCACCAACCCAUCAGGGCUAUGCAAGUACAGAGCACAAAGUGGGGGAAGAAUUUCCUGUCACUCCUAGGUGACGUGGAAUGUGACUGCGGUAUGACUUGUGGUCAAGAGUCUUCCGGUUAUACAGUCACCACGUGUGCCCUGGCAUGGACAGACCUCCAGUCUUUGGAAAUGGAAGCUAGGUUAACAAGUGCUUUGAUGUUACGAUGGUUCAUGUUCCAUUCACAAGUGGUUACGUCACAUGUUGAGGUAAUGACUGGGUUGGCUCUCUGGCUAUUUACAGAUUUCCAACGGUCUGUUUAUAGUUGUUUGUGCUCUGUUUUAUCAGAGCUUACGGCCUGUUGGCGAAAUACUUUGUGGCUUGCGCUGUUUUUCAUGGCGUGCGCAGCAACGGGGUGCAAUCCAUUUAAAAUAAAGCGCGUAAAGGUUUUAAACAUGCUCUUCAGUAUACGAUGUACACUGACGUAAGAGGGAGCACAUUUGACUGUUAUCAUUCAUUCCUUUUAGGGAAUGUGAUAUCCAGUUACACUACUCGGCACUGUAGGGAGUAUGGCUGUAAACGAUGAACAUUAUGCGUCCUAACGCCAAAGGAAAUGGUUCUUGUUUGCUUUGGUCUUCAACAUGUUUCACGUCAGUGUUUAAAAAGGCGGAUUUUAGCCUUUUGCAGGGUAAGGAUGUGCUGAGAAUUUCUUGCUACAAGAGGCAUCGUGGUGGUUUCAAAAACUCAAAUGGAGUUUUUGGAAAUUAAGUAGAAUGUUUUAGGGUGAGUUCUGGUCUGUGUGAUUUGACCUGGAAAUGUCUGGGCCAAUGUUUACACAUAUGUCCAGAAAAAGUAUUUACCUGUGGCAAAUUUCUGUCAAUUUCUGCUAAAUCUGUCACAUUUCUUGAGGCACAAGAGCAGAAGCUGUCGUAAUUAACACUUCUACAUUGUUGGUUUGGAUAUUUUGCGGUUCUUGAUAUAGCGCCAGAGCUACAAUCAGAGCCAUUCAAGACUAGCGAGUGAUGGAAGCAGCAUUUCUGGGUUUCAGCAACAUUCCCGCUGUACCAUCAUGCAGCAGCUACACAAACCCUAAGCAAUCAUUGGUAUAAGUUUUCCUGAUUAUGGGAUUUCUAUUGUUGAGUGCAUUGUGGGCAAGCCAAUGCAACGCUGAAUAUUACAUUUCUUUGCUGUAUUAAAGCAAACAUUUGUACCAGUCUUUGAAUGGCAGAUGAUCAGAGAAGAUCAGGAUGUCAUGGUCUUUACGCCUUGGCAUUUUAGGUCAGUUCCAUUGUUCAGAUUGGGGCUGAUAAUUAUUGGGGACAUGGUGUUCUUUCUGCUGGCUUGGUUUACAGACUUAUGGUUUGAUUAAGUCUCAUUUAACUGAAACCAAGCACGUUAUUUUAUUUCUGUUAUUUAACUAGUAAAUCAGUUUUGAAACUUUUUGACGACAUGACAUGUGAUGAAAAGGUUCUUCUAUAACAUCUUAUGAUGAAGAAAUUCAGUGGGACUGAAAUGCAUUCAAGGUAAAUGCUGCGUGUCUGCUCAAUCAGUAAUAACUUGCUUUUUCUGUGGUGUGAUCUGUAAUGCUUCAGUGAUUAAACCGAGCACCAGUUAUGUUUUGAAGUUUAAGGUGUUCAUUGUUGUUAUGCAAAAGGGUUUUACAAUCAUAAAAAAAAAAAAGUUGCAAAGGAACAUAAGAAUGCUGAUAAUUAAAAAGCAAAAACUCACCUGCAACUUUGGCUAGUUGGAUAUGUAUUCUACUAGUCUGGUCUGAGCUCAGUUCCAACGCUGUGUUAAUUCUAUGUAGCUACAUAUAAUACAUAACACACAUGGGCUGUAAUUAUUCUUCAUAUCUAUAUGAAUAGUUCAUUUUGAAAUAUUGUCAUAUUUCAACAUUGUCUUAUGUCUGAAAUUUAAGGAAACAACAUUGUUUAUGUGAUACUGUACUGUAAUUGCUUUACUAUUAUACUAUAUACUGAAGACAAAUAGCAAUUAAAUAAAACUUCAUUUGGUAAACUAUUAAAUAAUUGAAAAUGCAUAGUAAAUAUGAAAAUAUUUAUUAUGGGUGUGUUUUUAAAUUUACAUUGCUUAUUACAUUCAGGUAAACUUAUCAGUUUCAAAAUCUGUAGUACCAAAUUCAGGAAAGCAGUUUUUUGUCACCUAUUUAACUGUUCUUUAAUGGAAAGUGAUUUUCAGACCUUGUGCUUGUUGUUGAUUCCCCAAAUCUUUUUUGGUAACAGACAAUGUAUGGUAGUAACAACUUAUUGCAGUCGUCUUUCGGAAUGGGAUUGUGAAGUAAAAUUAAUUGGUUUUGUGUUUUGCAAUGUUUAUAAACAUUUUCAUAAUACAUUGCA